AUGGCAGAAACAUCAAUUUCAGCGGAAAAACUGAAACGUCUCUUGCUGAGACUGCCGCACGAAUGCCUGGGUUUGGAUUUGACUGGCAUCGGCAGCUCGAAACUGGCCAAAACGGUGCUCAAACACCUGUGGCAGCUUAUUCGCAACCCCAAUUCUGCGGUAACUUAUCGUAAAAGAGCGCAGAUAAUUAUGAUCACUUUGGCGUUCUCAGUGGUCACGGCCGGGUCCGGAGUGGGCUACGGGAUCUACAGGGUGAUAUCAAACAUUCGAACAGGCGCCUUUGGCCGCAAACCAGUCAUGAGACGCACCAGAUCGCAGAUAAUGCUUGCCAACGGCGCAAGGGUAAUGUAUGUGCCGUACGAUGAAAAUGCGGAUAACAAAAAACGAGUGCUGAUCAGACCGAAAAAUGACGAUCGGUAUGAGCACGAUAAAUUCCUGUUUAAGUACCUGGGCAAAAACAAACCGUCUCAGCUCUUCUACUCCAAGUUUCUCAGUCAAUUAAGCAUUAUUUACCGCAUUUUGGUCCCCAAAUUCACAGACAGAAACUCGUUUUUGAUAGCUUUCCAGAUAUUUUUUUUGGUGAUGAGAACAUGGCUGUCGCUGUUCGUGGCACGCUUAGAUGGUCAAAUCGUCAAGGAUAUUAUAUCCGGAAAAGGCAAGAAAUUUCUGGUAGAUCUUUUGUGCUGGUUUCUAAUUGCAUUCCCCGCAUCCUACACCAAUAGCGCAAUUAAAUUUCUGCAACGCAAGCUAAGUUUGAAUUUCAGGAUCAACUUGACCCGUUACAUUCACGACAUGUAUUUGGACAAGAGACUGUCGUUUUACAAAUUGGCUUUCGAUAAUCAGGCUUCCAGCUCGGUUAUUGCCAACAUCGACAACUCUAUAACCAACGACGUCACGAAAUUCUGUGACGCAAUAUGUUCGGUGUUUGCCAAUAUAGCCAAACCCGUUAUCGACUUGGUUUUUUUCUCCGUAUACCUUAGGGAUAACCUCGGCACGUUUGGUAUCGUGGGCAUUUUUGUCAAUUACUUCAUCACCGGCUACACUCUGAAGCGCUGGACGCCGCCACUGGGUAAGCUCGUGAGCAAGCGUUCUGCGGCAGAAGGCGAUUAUUACAAUUACCAUUUGAAUUUAAUCAACAACACCGAAGAGAUUGCCUUCUACCACGGCACAAAAGUUGAGCGGACAAAGGUUAAUGCGCUGUACGAUUACUUAAUGGACCAGAUGUUGUUGGUUGAUCGCGUGAAAAUCAACUACAACAUACUCGAAGAUUAUGUGCUCAAAUACACUUGGUCUGCGCUAGGCUAUGUCUUUGCUUCGAUUCCAAUCGUGGUUACGACGUAUAGCACGGGUAUCAACAAUGAGGAAAUCAACAUGCGUGAAUUCAUUGUUAAUAAACGGCUAAUGCUGUCUUUGGCUGACGCGGGAAGCAGACUCAUGCAUUCCAUCAAAGACAUAGCACAGCUAACCGGGUACACGAACAGAAUAUUCACACUGCUCGCUGUUUUGCACAGAGUCCACUCAACAGAAUUCAAUUACGGCGCUGCCACAGAUGACGUCGAGUCGAGAGUGGACCAUGAAGCUACCAUCAGUACUGAAACCGUUCGAGGAACGGUGCAAAAAGGCUUUAACGGAAUACGUUUCGAAAACAUUGAUGUUAUUAUUCCCUCUAGGUACGGUAAAGAGGGCACAAAGCUAAUAAACAAAUUGAGAUUUCAAAUUCCGCCAGUCCCCAUUCUGGACAGCCCAAAUUCCGAUUCUCAGAUUAAUCUCAGUCAAAAGCUGAUGCCUCAAGGUCCCGGUAGCAGUAUGUUGAUCCUGGGGCCCAACGGUUGUGGUAAAACUUCUAUCCAGCGCAUUAUUGCUGAGAUCUGGCCAAUCUACAAUAAGAACGGUUUGUUGUCUGUCCCAGGUGCAUCUGAUCUAUUCUGUGUUCCUCAAAGAGCAUACUUUAUCCAAGGCGGGACUUUCCGUGAUCAGAUCAUAUACCCCAUGUCUGCAGACACUUUUUUUGACGCGGGUCAUAAAGACAAAGAGCUGGUUCACAUUCUUGGUGAAGUCAAACUCGAUUAUCUACUCAAGAGAGGUACUGGAUGGCAAUAUCUGGAUAUGGUCGCCGAAUGGAAGGACGUUUUGAGUGGGGGCGAGCGGCAGCGCAUGAAUUUUGCUCGAAUCAUGUUCCAUAAACCGAGAUUCGUGGUGCUUGACGAAGCCACAAAUGCAAUUAGCUCGGACAUGGAGGACUACCUGUUCAAUUUGCUAAAAAGGUACCGCUUUAAUUUUAUCACUAUAUCACAGCGCCCAUCGUUGAUUAAGUAUCACGACCUUGCACUAGACAUUACGGGAGACGAGACGUGGCGUCUGCAAGAUUUGGGUACAGACGAAGCUAUAACGUCUAUUGACAAAGAAAUUGAAACUCUGCAAGAAAAACUGGAGAACGUCAAUUUGUGGGAAAAGGAGCGCACUGCGCUCAGUCGGAAACUCGCUUAUAUUUGA